GCCCCGCGCUCGGACCAGGCCGCGGCGGCGGCUCCGGGGCCGGGCCAUGGAGAGCCCCGGCGGCAGCGGCUCCCUCAGGGGCGACAUCAGUUUCUGGGCUGACAGGACCCCAGUGCACGAGGCUGCCAGGAGAGGGGAGAUCCUGCAGCUGCAGCAGCUGAUCGAGAGCGGCGCCUGCGUCAACUCCGUCACCUACGACUCCAUCACCCCCCUGCACGAGGCCAGCCUCAGGGGCCAGACCCAGUGUGUCAAACUGCUGCUGGAUGCAGGGGCCCAGGUGGACGCGCGGAACAUCGAUGGCAGCACGCCGCUGUGUGACGCCUGUGCCUCGGGCAGCAUCGAGUGCGUGCGGGUGCUGCUGUCGCACGGGGCCAAGGUGAACCCGCCCCUGUACACGGCCUCACCCCUGCACGAGGCCUGCAUGAACGGCAGCUCAGAGUGUGUGCAGCUCCUCAUUGAUGUCGGUGCCAAUCUCGAGGCUCACGAUUGUCACUUUGGGACCCCCCUGCACGUGGCCUGUGCCAGGGAGCACCUGGACUGUGCCAAGCUGCUGCUGCAGGCAGGAGCCAACGUGAACGCUGCCAAGCUGCACGAGACCGCCCUGCACCACGCGGCGCGGGUGCGGAACGCGGCUCUGGUGGAGCUGCUGGUGCAGUUCGGGGGGAACAUCUACGCCAGGGACAACCGCGGCAAGAAACCCUCGGACUACAGCUGGAGCAGCAGCGCCACCGCCACCUGCCUGCAGUACUACGAGAAGACCCCGCUGAGCCUGGCCCAGCUGUGCAGGCUGGCCGUGCGCAGGGCGGCCGGGCAGCGCGGCCUCAGCAAAAUCUCCAGGCUGGAAAUUCCCCCCAGGCUCAUCCAGUACCUGUCCUACAACUGAGGGAACCUGGGAACAACAGCUGGGAGUGCCGGGAAAAACAUCUGGGAGUGCUGGGAAAAACAUCUGGGAGUGC